CCUCCGUCACUCAGGUACUGUAUAAAAGGAGAUGUCCAGAGAUGAGGAGACACACACUCUUAGACUCAACCACACACAAACCGACACAUACCGAGAGACAACAGCACAGACACACAAGAGUGGACAGCUCCAGAGAAGAUUCAGUGAUAGUCUGGUCAAGAGGAGAGAAGAGUCACAGUUAGAACAGGACAAAGAUGCUGUGUCCUUUGUGGUUACUGGCUGUAGCCGUGGUGGGUGUAUUCGAAGGGGUUAAAGGCCAAUGCUGGGAGAAACCUCACUGUCAGGAUCUCACCUCUGAGAGCAACAUCCUGGAGUGUAUCGAACUCUGUCGAUCCGACCUCACCGCGGAAUAUCCCGUAUUUCCCGGCGAGAUGCACCUCCAACCCGUCUCCGAUUUCAAUUCCCCUCCCCCCUCCUCUCCCCUGUCAGCCCUCUCCCCCUCCUCAGUGGCUUCCACCUCGGAGCAGCAGAGCGACGUGCAGAGCAAGCGCUCCUAUUCCAUGGAGCACUUCCGAUGGGGGAAGCCUGUGGGGCGCAAACGCCGUCCGGUCAAGGUCUACACCAACGGCGUGGAGGAAGAGUCGUCCGAGGCCUUUCCCAGCGAGAUGAGGCGGGCGCUGGGGAACAAGGAGCCCACGUACCCCUCCCUGGAGUCCGGGGCCACAGAGGGCGGAGAGCCUGAGGGCCUGGGGAGGGAGGCGGAUAAUCUGGGCGGGGUGUUCAGCCUUCAGGAGAAGAAGGACGGCUCGUACAAGAUGAAACACUUCCGCUGGAGCGGGCCGCCUGCCACUAAGCGCUAUGGGGGUUUCAUGAAGAGCUGGGACGAACGCACCCAGAAACCCCUGCUCACGCUGUUCAAAAACGUCAUCAUCAAAGACGGACAGCAGAAGAGAGAGCAGUGAGGGGAGAGAAGGACAGAGGGAGGGGAGAAGUGAGGAGGAGUGAGGAGGAACAGGCGGUGGAGGAGAAGAAUGUCGGGAAGGAGAUAUUCUUAAACUCCCCAUCUAACACUUUAGGAUGGAUAUCCAGUAAGCUCUGGUUUGAUUGGUCGUUAGGAAACAGGCU